AUGGUUCAGGUUGGGCGAUACAGGAUCGGCGCUGGUGUCAACGUCAAGACCGAAGCUGAACGGGGUGUGUGGAUCUUCCGCCAACCUGAAACACGAUUCGCUCACCUGCCAAACUUUACAACGGCAACUACCAUGAGGCCGCCUCAUGGAUCGCAAACUCUGCCCAUAGCCUCCCCCGUCAACGAUCGAUCAUUUAUCCAUGGCUGUGGGAUCGGACGAAGCUGGGGGAAAGUCAAGGUCAAACAGACAGUAUGGUCUGGUAGCCGCUGGCGAUCCGGCAUGCAUGAGAACUCAGGAAACAUCGAAAACUUCAUCGUAAACGUAGAUCAGGUUAUCGAUGUGAUUGUGUGGCAACUGUGUCAAAAAUGGGGUUUGCGAGCCGUUCUGGACUUGGGCUUAAGGGUGUUCCACUGCAGGGAAAGGAUUCCGGAAAUCACAGCCGAGCAUUUGAUUCGACGCCUUUGCCAAUAUCUGCGCACACCUGAAAGAGGCAAAAUGAACACAUUUGUAACUCUCGAUGGUCUAGAAGGGAGGUACUGUGCGGGUGAACCCGGAAACCGAAUGGUAGCGGAGUGGCGCACUGCCGACAGUGUUCCCAAGACCAAAUAUUUGAUAAAGAAGGCACGUUUCGUGAUGCUCGGGGGCCCGAACGCCGUUACACGUGCAACAGUGUUCGGCAAAACAACAUCAUGUGGCCUCUCUGGUUCGCCUGUUCAAGAUUGUGAUUCGCUGAUUCCCAUGCUAUUUCUGGCUUGA